UUCCCGGAGACCAUAGCGCUGCUGCGUGGCCGUAUCCCAUUCUACAUGAAAGCAUGUCAUGAUAAAUAUGGGUCUAUUGUACGAGUAUCUCCGAAUGAACUAUGCUUUGAUGAUGCUCCAGCUUGGAGAGAUAUAUAUGGAUCUCGACCCGGCCAUGCAAAUUUUCAUAAGGAUCCGAUUCAUGUUGGCUCCAUCGCAAGUGUGCCGGGGGUUACAACAAUAACUAUGGCUGAUGAUAGAAACCAUGCAAGACAACGAAGAGCACUUAGUCAUGCGUUUUCCACUAAAGCUCUUCUGGAACAAGAGCAUAUUAUUAAGGGCUACAUUGAUGUAUUCAGCAAAAUCAUGAAGGAUUUCGCCAACAAAGGAGAGCUGGUUAAUAUGACAGAUUGGCUGGCCUAUACUACGUUUGACAUAAUUGGCGAUUUGUCAUUUGGCGAGCCAUUUGGAUGUCUGACAAAACCCGAAUUCAGAUUCUGGGUUCCACUGAUCAGCGAUUCGAUCACAGCUGGUGCUUGGGAACAGGCAACUCGUCGGCUAGCAACAACCGAUUCCACACUCCAGAAGCUUCUUCUUAAAUUGAUCCCUCGCCAUAUAUCUGACAAAAGGAAGCAUCAUCUUAUAUAUAGCAAGGAGAAGAUUAUGAAACGUGUCAAGCAGACCGACAAUGACCACAAAGACUUCCUCUACUACUUGAUGCGUCAGAAAGACAAGGACCAGUUAAAUCUGGAUGAAGUCAUUGUUAAUGGCGCGCUAUUUAUAAUUGCAGGAACAGAGACUACCGCGGGUUAUUUAACUGGCCUUCUUAACAAUUUACUUCGACCUCAGAAUCGUCAUGUGUUCGACAAGCUGGUUCAGGAGGUUAGAUCUAGUUUUGAAAACGAGGACGAUUUCACGUUCGAAGAGCUAACAAAGCUUCCUUAUAUGACGGCUGUUAUUGAAGAAGGUCAUCGCAUCUUCCCAAGUGCUCCAAUUGGAUUUGUCAGAACUGUUCCACACGGAGGAGAUACGGUUUGUGGAGAAAUGUUGCCUGGAGGGACAACAGUUUCCGUCUGUAAUUGGGCAGCAAGCCAUUCAGAAAGAAACUUCGAUAAGCCUUAUGAUUUUAUCCCCGAAAGGUGGCUGGACAAAGAGAACACGACAGACAAACUUCAUGCAUCACAAGCGUUCUCUCUUGGUCCGCGUGGCUGCAUUGGACGGAACUUGUCAUAUAUGGAACAGCGACUCAUCCUCGCAAAGCUAGUCUGGAAUAAUGAUUUGGAGCUUGCUAAUCAUCCCGCAAAUGACAAGUGGAAUCCAAAGAAUGACUAUGAGAAUAUGGUAGUAUUUAAUAAUUGGGUCAAGCCUCCACUCUGGGUGAAAAUGAUGCCAAGAAAUUUUUAG